AUGGAUUUACUCCGCGCUUGUGUUCUUUUCGCCGCUCUCUUCGGGCUUGCCAAAGCUUUUACGCAUGAGGAUAUGAAGGACGCAUUGCUGCAGAAACUUGGGUUGGAUGAAGUUCCUAGAAUCCAUAAGAGGGAUUUGGAGAAUCUUGUUAUUCCGGCGCAUAUCAGAAACAAGUACUUGUCAAUGCUGAAGAUGCACCACAGCAGGAGACGAAGAUCUCUGCCCAGUCUCGCGGGCAUCCUGAGGGGAAUCCCUGGCAAUGCAGAUAUAUCCGGGGAGUAUGUGUAUUCUGACACAACGAGGCAUCGCAUGGUGUUCGACAUGGAGGCGAGGAUCCCCGAUAACAGCGAAGUGACCAUGGCGGAGCUGAAGCUCUACCAGCGGGCUUCCUUCCACACACGCUUUGCCAUGGAGAGGAAGAACCACAGACCCGUGAACAACGCCCGCGUCAGUAUCUACUGGGUGGAGGUGCUGCCAAAUGGAUCCAACCGGACAUCGCUGGUAGAUUCUCGGUUGAUCCCCAUUCACGAGACCGGCUGGAAGAGCUUUGAUGUGACGCAGGCGGUGCACUAUUGGUCCAAGAGCCAACAGAAGACACCUAUGCACCUGGAGGUGUGGAUCGAGGGCGAGAGACCUGGCAGCUACGCGGCAGAGAUGGCCAAGAGUGUGCGCUUUACCACCCAGGAGCAGACUGACAACACCUUGGGAAAGCCCGAGCUCAUCCUCUACACACUCAACCUCGAAGAAUACGGUUCUCGUGGCGACUGUGACGUCAACCAAAACAAAGACACCUGCUGCAGAGAGCAGUACUUUGUCAACUUCCGAGCCCUCACGUGGACUCAGUACUGGAUCAUCGAGCCUGCGGGGUACCAAGCCUUCAGGUGCACUGGAGGCUGCAAGCAGCCAAAACGCAACUAUGGCUACGGAGAGAGGCGGUGUACGGUGUCCGAGAGCGCGCCUUUACCAAUCAUGUACCUGGUGAAGAAGGGGGACUACACCGAGAUAGAAGUGGCUGAGUUCCCCAAUAUGAUAGUAGAGAGGUGCGCCUGCACGAUGGACAAUGUCUCUAUAGUAUGAUCACGGAAAGCAGCUAUUAUAGUCCUAUAACAACACAACUCUGAUGGGGGGGUUAGAGGACUACAGUAGUGCCUUUCAGAUUGGGGUUGUUCUAUAUUUAAUGGUCUAGUACUUCUAUUUAUAUGGACAUUUAUCGGGAGAUCCAUACACAACAGGCCGCCCUGCUGCCUGAGACUCCAUCUCCUUCCACAAGCACUUUUAUAUAU